AUGGAAGAUGAUACACAAAAAGCAGGAGAACGCAAGGAAAUACGUGAAGUUCGUGUCGCAGACCACACAAAGAUGAAGGCUUGCAUUUCGUUUUGCCUUAGGUAUCUCAGCGAGAACGAAGGGGCCACCUUGAUGUUGCAUACUUUGCCCGCACAUUCGAAUGGGAAUGAUGAUGUUGCUGGAGAGCCGAAACGAAAGAAAGCGAAACUUGCUUCUCCCACUGCGAACAUUUCAAGACUCGUUAGCGUUGCCGAGGUUGUGAAACGGGAGUUCUCUGCAUCUCGACAAGCGGAGAGCAAACUUCCUUCUGGCGCCUUACUUCACCAAUACAACUAUAUUGGAUGCCUGCCCGACUCUACAAAUGGCAAGAACAGUCUCGGGUUCUCCUGCUCCAGCAAGGUGAAUGAUGAUCCUGUUCUCCUCGCUUUGGAAGGCAAGAACCACCUCAAGCGAAUCUCCACUGCUUAUAUGAAGAUUUACCUGACCACUGAGCCACGUCCUGACCUCGAAGCUCUCGGAUGCACGUAUCAAGAGCCAUUGCUGCCGCCCAAGAAAUCGAGGUCAGCGCGUGCUCGAGCGAAGAAACGCGCUGCAAAAGCAGAGGAUGUCGAACACGAUAUCAUUCGCGGUACUUCGGAUACUAUGAUGAAUGUCCUUCUCAAGAUACUUCAUGUUCUCACUUCUAUUCGUGGCCUCUCUCCAGACACAUGGGAACAGUAUCUUCGACGCCUCUAUGCUCGCCGAGAACCCGACAACACGAUCUGGGGGACUGAAGAGGAACCAAAGGCCUGGGUAGAACUUGGGUGGCAAAAUCGUCUCGAAGUCCUCUAUAAUCUCUGUGAAUGGAAUUUCCAGAAUCCGUUAAGGGUCAGACAAAGCAUGAAGGACGAUAGUGACGAUUAUACAUGGCGGACAGUUCCUAUCGGAAAGGACGUGAAACGUAAUGAGUAUUGGCAACUUGGUCGGGACCGCCUCUGGAUCAAGCGGCCGACAGCGGAACCAAUGCCACCCAAGGAUCUGAAAAGAAAAAGACAAUCACGAAAGGCUGCUGAGAAGCCGUCGAAAAAAGCAGCAGGCCCUAACGGGGUCGCCAAACCGGCACCAGUCAAAGGAAAACGAAAGGGCAAGGAACCUCAAAAACAAAAACCUCAGCAGCGAGCCGAAUCUAAUCCCAAAGCCAAAGUCAAAGUGUCAACCUCAAAGGCGAAACCAGCACCAAAGCCAGCUGCGCCGUCGGGUACUCGUCUGAGCUCUCGCCUGGCUCGAGGCGCGAACUCUGAUGGCUGGCAGAAGGUUCCUGAAGAAUGGUUGCCAGAGGGUGGAAAACAAGAUGCCGUAUCAGACAAAGACAAUGCCAGCGUCGUUUCAGCUCUAUUCGAUGACGCAUCCGAUUUGACUGAUUUAUCGGACGACGAGAAGCCUCGAGAAGAUAGUGGAACCGGCUCCUCUAAAGCUAAUCCACCGGACGACUCGGAGUCUGAUCUGACUGACAUUGACGAACUAUCGAACGACUCCGAUGCAGAGCUAGCGAACAAGGCGUUCAAGAUGGAUCUCGACCCCAACGAUCCAAACUUUGUUGAGUUUGAGACGAUUUGUGUCACAAAGGGCGAGUGGGUCGCCUUUGCUGAACAAUUUCAAUCAUCUCGAAGCCAUAAUGAAAGACGUCUCUAUCGCUACAUCAUCGAGAUAAUAGUACCAGAGAUGGAGGAGCAUCAACGGGCUCUAGAAGAGAAACAAAAGAAAGAUCUUAAGGAUAUGCUCAGACGAGAAGCUGCUGCUGCAGCUGCUGCAGCUGCCGAGGCGCGCCCCAAGAGGUCGUCGAGACUGGCGACUCUCGGAGACGAGGAAAAAAGGGCACAAGAUUCGGCAGGGUCGGUUGAUGGUGACUCCUCCGACUUUGCUCGAGGUCCUCGUCCUUCCAGAAUGAGAAGGGCUGCUGUGCGAGGCGCUCGCUGGAUACAGGAGCAAGAGGAAAUGCUUGCAGCCAUGAGCACGGAACAAGAGGAGAAUGAAGAGGAUGAAGGAGUCGAGCGAGAAGGUGAAGAGGGCACGCAGAAGAAGCGCCGUAAAGCGAAAGUUGAAAGUGAUCAAGAGGAAUAUCGUGACGACGAGGAUGAAGAGGUCAAGGAAGAAAUUGUGGAGACCGUCAACAGUCGGGGCCGGCCAAGGCGAGCAGCCGCCGUUCAAGCAGACCUGAAACGACCGAUCAAGCCUACUCGACGUCGUCGAAUUAGGGAUGAGUUCGAUGACGAUUUCGAGUCGGAUGAUCCCUUCUUCCUCAACUGUGAGAUUUGCAAAAAGUCGGGUUGGAAUGAGGACCGCUCGCAGAACCUCAUCUCUUGCAGGGACUGUAGUAUUUGGCAACAUAUGGCUUGCUACGAUCGUGCGGACAGGAUCGAAGGACGACCGAAGCGCAACUGGGAAGAAGAGCCUUUUGUGUGCUCGGCGUGCCUCGUCAAGGCUCAAAACAAACGGCCCAAGAGGAACAGACGGGCCAAAGAUGCCUCGCCGUCAGAUGAGCAUGAAGAUGAGCAAGUUCCCAUCAAUGUUGACCAGCAAGUCAACACCGGGGAGGAUGCCAUGGUCACAUCGCCGUCGAAUGAAGUCUCCACUGCUCUCAAUGGCAUCAAUGGCCUCUCAACACCCUCCCAGACAACGACGCAGGAGCAUUCUCAAGCUUCGAAUGACGUGCAUUCCCAAUCCUACUCCAUGCAGAUAGAGCCAUCGCCUUCCUUUGCAGCUCCUCCGCUUCAGCUUCCUAAUGGCCAUAGCCAAAUGCAACCCAACCUUCAAAUCGCGCACCCAGAAUAA